AUUAGAAAAGUAGGGUUAUGGAGUGGUUGUCAUGCUGUUGCCGCCAAAUUGUUAUUAAAUUUUAAUAGAAAAUUAGUUUUUGUUGUAGAAUAAGGGAUGGAUAUUUUGAUUGAUAAUAUAACUUCGUUGUUUGUUUUUACAUUUUUAUUUUUAAUCGUGUAUGCAAUUAUACUUAAUAUUUAUUUCAUUAAUAAGAAUGGUUUUCAAAUAAAAGUGAAUUGUUGGUUUUGUAACAAAAAUUCUAAAGUGUUAUACGCAAAUCGUAAUAGUUUUGUGUGCCCAUUUUGUACCCAAUAUAAUGGAUUUAACAAGGAAGGUGACUACAACAAAGUGAUACAAGCACAACAUAAUUUAUCUUUAAACGCUCUCAAUUCUAAUACAUCAAAAACUCAAACAUAUUCAUCUAUACUGUGGUCUAAUAAUUUAUGCAAUGAGUGCAACAGAAAUCAACAGUUAAAAAUUCUACAGUUGUCAAAAUAUGAACCACUAAAUGAAAAAAAAUUUGAUGUUGAAAUUGAGCAUUUUGAGAAACAACUUAAUAAAACAUAUAAACUUUGCAAAACUUGUACCAAAACUGUUAAAAGUACAAUUAGGAAACAAAAUGCCUGGAUCUUUGGAAAUAGAUUGAAAUCUUUGAAGACAUUGCAGAGAAAGGGGCUUUCAUAUCUUAACUUACAUAAACAAUCUCAGGGACAUGAAGACAUACAUAGGUUUAGUCUUAUAAGUUUAUUUCUAUUAUUUAUAUCAGUUAUAAAUGUUCUGGUUUUGAAUGGUUUUGAUUUACUAGUUAUUAAGGAUAUUCUACCAGACUCAAUACUGCCAAGUAAUGUGAUAUUUUCUCAUAUUUAUUCUACUAUUAAUAAUAAUAUAAUGUCCAUAUUUGGUAGAUCAAGUAUUUUAAACUAUUUAAGAACUAAUAUAACAUCAAAGGAACUGUCACUUUUGUACAUAAGUUUAAUAGGAUUCUCUUUAGAAGGUAUUUACAGUAUAAGAGAAAAAAGCAUGUCAUUCUGUGGGAAAUGUAAUAAACUAAUGUCAUGGAUAAUACUUGGUCUGACAUCGUCAAUUAAUUUUAAUAGAGAAACUAAAGCUUAUAUUGAUACUCUCCAACUAUUUUGUUCUCUGUUUUUAAUAUAUAAUUAUAGUUAUACAUGUUUUAGUUUCCAAAAUUGGAAAAAUAAAAAAAAUAAAGUAAAAUCUAAAAGAAGUCAACUAGACAGUGAUGAUAGUGAGAACAGUGAUUUAGAUAUGUUAAAUAAUUCAGAAAAGUCAUUUCAAGCUAGAAUUAAUAGGUGUUCACCAUUAACAUCCAAUAUUGAGAAUAUUAAUUUAGAUAGAAGUUGUGAACAAACAAAAGGUACUGCACAUAGAAGUGUAUACAAAAAUGGUAGCUUACAACCAAAAAGUAAUAAUGAAUUAAAUGAGCAUUUUCACAGCCUGAAUUUAGGUGCAUUUGUACCCUCCAGACCAGGCUCUUGCCAAAAUUUUCAAAGCCAUAAAACUCAAUUUAAUCCAUUUAUGAAUAAUGCUGCUUGCCAAACCAAACCUCAGUCCUCUAAUAGUCUUUACAAUUUUGAAGUUAUGGAUAACAUUCCUAGUUCUUCACCAAAACCUUUGCAAAAUAAUAUAUGGAACCCCUUGUUUAAAUUACCAAAUGUUACUUCUAAUUUGUCCAAUAAUGCAUCUUUUCUUGAGCAUUCAUUCCUAAAUGAGCCAUUCUCAGGUUUAAAUAAAUUUGAAAAAAGACCAAUGUCUAAUCAAAAUAUUUCAUUAAAUGGUCGCUUUCCUAGCCCUGAGACAAGCAUUUUGCAACAAAAUAAUGAUGGAUUUUUAUCUAGAGAUACUUCCAGAGUGUUUUCUGAUAAUGGAUCAAUUCAUCAAUCAUAUUCACAUCAGAAAAACGCUGUUAAUCCAAUGUUGUCCCAAAGUAGCUUUAUAAAUAAUUCGUUUAGACCUCUUUCACCAACUAGUUUGUCAGGAAAAUCUAAUCGUACACUUAUAUCUCCUCCAAGAUUGAAUCAUAUUAAAACUUUCCAGUCUGACUCAACAGAAUCGGAAAAUCUAAACUUAUCAUUUCAUUCCAAUGACGUUCCAAGUUCAGGAUUUGGGUUUAAAAUGAAUAACACAAAUCUUGGGCGGGGGUUUGUAGUUAAUUCGUUACUUACCGUUCAACAUCCGCAGGGUUUAGAAACCUCUAAUUUACAAAUAUCUAGUAAAAACAAUCCGAUUAGCCGAUCGUCCAGUAGUAGUUCAGGAUUUGUAUCAAAUGGAGAUCGUGCUAAAGCACAAACAAAUUCAUUGCCAAAUUCUAGAGACCAUUCACCAGAUCGGAACUCUAUUCUCUCUGAACCUGCGUUUCACUAUAAAUUAGAUUGAAAAUAAAUUUUAGCCUUCGCUAACAUUAAUUAUGAAAAUAUAUUAUAUAGAUUUCAUGUUAUGCAAACUGUAUACAGUUAAGAACACCGAAGACACGUUACGACGAAUCGCCAAUAAUAUAUUUUUCAUAAUAAUGAUGAACACUAAUUUGACUUUGCUGCUUUCAAACUAACAUCAUACAUUAUGGGUUUAAAAUUAUACAAACUUGUUCAAUAUUAAAAAUUAUUAUCAUAAAAUGUCAAGAGAAAAAGGUAACAGUAAAACUUAUUUAGCUAUUUUAUUCUUGUAAGUAAAACUAUUGGUCCGUUUUGUAUAUAUAUCUUUUUUGUACAAAGUAAUUAUUUUUAUUGUUAAUUUUAACUGUGUUCUGCCAUACGCAAAAGUUUUUAAAGAAUGUUUAUUUGACUUUUAAGUUUUAAGCAUAAAAUGAAAUUAAUACAUUUCUUUGUUUAUUGCAAA